AAGUGUCUUACUUAUAUUGUGGUGUUUCAUUAUUUUUGAAGAUUAACUUCUCUCAAUUGUUCUUUGCCUUUUUGCAAAACUUAAGUCCAGUAAUAUAAAAGCUUGCUUAUGUCACUGAAAUUAAUACUAUAUGAUUUAAAUGAAAAUUUAUCACUGACUCAAAAUUGUCUAGCACGUUUUUAUUAUCACUGGUAUGUAAGUAAAUUUGUGCUUAGCAAACUGUGGCUGGUAUUCAUUGUUAAUUUAACAAAUGGAAACUGGAAUCACUUGAUCAAAAUCAGAUUGUAUAAAAAAUGAGGUGAAGUUCUUUCUUUAAUAUUGUCCCCUAAUUUACUGUCCUCUGUUGUUGCCUCAGAAUGUAAAGCUGUACAGUAAUGGCGACCCCAAAGAGAAAGCAUGAAAGAACCUUUAGAGUAGAGUUCAACAAUUAAGGCAAGUAGACAAGCCAAAGACCUCUUAAGGAUCAGGCUUGAAGAGAAGGGAGAGUUUGGGAAAAGAAAAAAUAAAGAAAAGCUGGAAGAAGGACAAGCCAUAAUGGGAGACAAAGCUUCGCUUUAUCUACAAAAGGGGGAAAAGGUUGUUUUUCAAAGUAAAAGAUAAAGCCAUCUGUCAUUUUUGGCCAAGCAUCUCAUGACAAGUCCUUCUGACAAGCACUUAAAGAGUUAAAGGUCAAGAUGAAGUUGAAUGGUGGCCAAGAUUAAAGGAGUCAUACCUGAUGUAUCCUACAGAAUAACAGCUUUUCUUCUGUUUGUCACUACCUUAACACUCACCACAUUUGAAGAUGUCCGUGAUGCAGAAGAUGCUCUCCAUAAUUUGGAUCGAAAGUGGAUUUGUGGUCGGCAAAUAGAAAUCCAGUUUGCACAGGGGGACCGGAAGACACCAAAUCAGAUGAAAGCCAAGGAAGGGAGAAACCUAUACAGUUCUUCUCGUUACGAUGACUAUGACAGAUAUAGGCGAUCUAGAAGUCGGAGUUACGAAAGGAGACGGUCUAGAAGUCGUUCUUUUGAUUACAGCUAUAGAAGAUCGUAUAGUCCCAGAAACAGUAGACCUACUGGAAGACCUCGUCGUAGCAGAAGCCAUUCGGACAAUGAUAGGUUCAAACACCGCAAUCGAUCUUUUUCAAGAUCUAAGUCCAAUUCAAGAUCACGAUCCAAGUCACAGCCCAAGAAAGAAAUGAAGGCUAAAUCACGGUCUAGGUCUGCAUCUCACACCAAAUCUAGAGGCACCUCUAAAACAGAUUCUAAAACACACUAUAAGUCCAGCUCAAGAUAUGAAAAGGAGUCGAGAAAAAAAGAACCAGCUAGAUCCAAAUCACAGUCAAGAUCACAUUCUAGAUCUAGGUCAAAAUCCAGAUCAAGGUCGUGGACUAGUCCCAAGUCCAGUGGCCACUAACAGUGUAUCCAUGUUGUUUUUAGGCAUGUAAGAUUCAUUUACACACAGUUCAGUUUACUUAAAUUAUCAGGAAUAUGAUGUUGCAACAGUGCUAAAAAAUAUUUUCUUUGUCAGUUUUCCCUGUAGCCGACAAUGGUUAAAAUUAAAACAGUGUUGAGAAGCCACUGAGAGAGAGAGAGAAAGAGAGAGAGAGAGGGAGAGAAUGUCCACUUGGUUAAAUGUCAUGGGCAGCUACCGAUUUGGUUGUGGUGUCUCUAUGUAUAUUUUUGUAAAGAUUUGCAUUUUUAAAUGCUUAGAUAUUGGUGAUGACUUGAUUGAUCGUAACUUGCAACAUUGUCCUAUUAAAAGAAAAAAAAUGUCAUACCCGUAGAGAAAUUGGUACCAGUUUGUGCUGAACAGUUAAACCGACUGUUUAACUUGUUCUUUAAUGCUAAACUUUUUGGGAUAAAACGGAAAAAACUGGACAGCUGUAGUGCAACACUGGCUGCCGGGAGACGCAGGCUGGCGAUUUUCCGUUGUUCCAAGGCAGGUUUCCGUGUUCUCCGAGCCCACUGACACCAGUAGGUUGGUGAAUAGAGCUCUAUGGAGAGAUGGGGUAUUUUUUUUUUUUUUAAUUUUUUUUUUUUUUGAGAUUUCUCUUGAACCCUGCCAUCUGGAGGGAUGGUACUAACAUUGCAUGGACUACACGGGGAGAGAGUCGGUCUUGGAAAGCUCGUUGGGAGCCUGUGCAGUGUCGGGACGUGUCAGGAUAGAGGCUUCACAGCUUUUGACCUGGCUGCUAGUACUAAAUGUGUGAGGAAAAAAAAGAUAAAACAACACACCUUGAAAUGGAAAAUUAAAUUCCAAUUUCAGCAAACGGCAGAGCAACUAAAUAUUAGGUUGUGUGUACAUUUUAUGCAGUUUUUGUAUCUAUUCUAAAUUUUAGUGAGCAGUUAACCAUAAAAUUACUUAGUUUUCCUGCUGUUAGAUACCAGUAGAUUGUUUGAGUCGUGUGUGUACAGUAUAUAAGAACUAAACUUUUAUGCCAAUGACUCCUGUGGUUAGUUGGUGUCUUCAUAGGUAUAAAACUGUAGCCAUCUCUCUUCCUGAGUAACAAAGACUUGCUUUUACACAUUUAAAAAAAGUAUUUGGUCAAGCAAGUCUGAAUCACUUCUUCCUCAGAAUGGAUAGUGGUUUGGUUACAAGAUUUCGUUUUACUUAAGAACAAAUGUUUGAAGUUGGAUAUGAACAAGAGCUGCAUCUCUAGCUAUUUAGUUUAUCACUAAUACAGUAUAUUUAGUAAAUUGAAUGUGAAAAAUAACAAAACCAGUGUGUAAUCUUACCAGUAUUUCUCUAGAAGGCAAGAUACUUUGUUAUGAAAAUGGCUUUUGGCGUUUUUUUUUUUUCUAUUUACCUUCAAAAGCCAGCAUCAAACACCCGGUGUUCCUUGCUGUCUUAUGGAGUAGCGUUUAAAGACAUCGAUUUCACAAAAUUCCUUUUUAGAGAAAUAUUUUAGGGUUUUUGGUUUUAGUGUUUCCAGCAGGGCCUUUGAAGAAACGCAGACGGCUUUUAAAUAUUGGCGGUGGAACGUGCUUAGGGGGUUGAUUCUAGAAUCUUUGUACAUUUGAUAGUAUUUCUAACUUUUUUUCUUUACUGUUUGCAGUUAAUGUUCAUGUUCUGCUAUGCAAUCAUUUAUAUGCACGUUCCUUUAAUUUUGUAGACUUUCCUGGAUGUAUAGUUUAAAAAACAGCAAAAAGUCUAUUUAAAACUGUAGCAGUAGCGUGCAGCUCUAGCAGAGGAAAGUUGUGGGAUUAAACUUUGUAUUUCCUUUCUUAUAGAGGCUUCUAAAAAGGUAUUUUUAUAUGUUCUUUUUAACAAAUAUUGUGUACUACCUUUAAAACAUCAAUGUUUUGAUCAAAAUAACUAAAGACCCAGCUUAUUUUCUGCUUGCUGUAAAUUUAGCAAACAUGCUGUAAUAAAAAAAUGAAGGAAA